GCAAAAAAGGCCUUUCCAGGCCAUAUUGCUCACACCAAACUUGUGGUAUAAAAGAGUCAAUCUGUUCAGUGUGCACCACAAGCAUCAGACCUGCUGGAUUUUGUUGUGCACGCAUUUCAUCUUCAUACAGACAUGUCAGGGAAAGUUAUUGUGGGGUUUGCACUGUUGGUUGCGCUGCUAGUAUCUGCUGCAGCAUCCACACCUGUCGAGGCUAAAGAGACUAAUGUGCUGCAGCAGCUUCUAGCCAAGAGGGAGAAAAUGACAGACUUGGCUGGCAGACAGGAGCUGGCGCCUCAGGCUCACUCUGCGGCACGGUUGGAGAGACGGGCACACCUAUCGGAGGAUGAACGCGAGAUUGUGACUAAACAAAUAAUGCAAGCAAUUUCAGAGAUGAUGAACUCCGAGUGCAUGUCAGACCGGGACUACCAGGGCUGGGUGGACUUCGGACGGCGGGACACAGAGUGAGACACAACAAUGCCAAAAGCAAACUGAGAGGGCAGACUAAACUGCUUUUUGUUCAGAUUUUAUACAAAGUCAAUGUUUUAAUUUCCCUACAACUUUAUAAAUAAACAUUUAUUUGCAGAAUUA